AUGUGCUCUCUCUUCGCCCUGCGCCCAAAUGGCGCGUCCAAAUUGUCUCUACUGGGUCAAAUUCGCUGGGCAUCAUCCAAGCGCUGGCAAGCGCGUCAGCAGAAAGAUCAAUUUACGAGAGAGGCGACCGUUCAAGGCCUGAAAAGCCGAGCGGCUUUUAAGCUGCUUCAGAUUGAUGAGAAAUAUCGGCUUUUCAAACGGGGCCAGACCGUCGUAGAUCUGGGAUAUGCGCCAGGAUCUUGGUCGCAAGUAGCCGUGAACCGCACCCAACCCGGCGGCCGAGUCCUCGGCGUCGACCUCAUCCCCGCCCAACCGCCCAAGGGCGUCUCAACUAUCCAGGGCAAUUUCCUAAACCCCGAAAUCCAGGCCUAUAUACUCGAAUUUCUGCGCAAUCCCAAUAGAGGCAGGCCGCGUCCGCCUGGCGCUAUUGACGAGGCUUUGACCAGUGCCCUAGAGACGGAGACAGAUGGAACUGCAACCAAGACCGAGGCCGAGAAACUCGUGAAUGAAAGGACGGUAGAUGUGGUCCUUAGUGAUAUGUCCGCUCCCUGGCAGCAAACCACCGGUUUUUGGAAACGGAGUCUAAGUAAUCCUUACAACAGGAUGAUGAAUACGAGCGGCAAUGCCUUUCGAGAUCACGCUGGAAGCAUGGAUUUGUGUAAUGCGGCGCUACAUUUCAGUUCGAUUGUUCUCCGAACCGGAGGCCACUUCGUCUGCAAAUUCUACCAAGGAAUUGAAGAUAAAGAGUUGGAAAGUAACCUCAAAGCAAUAUUCAACAAAGUCCACCGACUCAAACCCGAAUCGUCACGAAGCGUAGGCCUUUCAAUUUCUCGCCCCCAACAUUAG